UGUUGCCAUAGUGAAAAAGUAGAUUAACCACCGCGAGCACAGUGCCCUGACGGACUCGUGAGGGAUGCUGUGUUUCUCUGGGAACAUACACCUGUCCCGCAAGCAAAGGUUGCACCGCUGCACCUAUACCAGCCAUUGCAGUGAUGGUCCCACCUUGAAAUCCAGACGGAGCAAAAACGAGUCAGAAGAAAGGAUCGUUCUGAGAUCUUCAGUUUUCGAAAACUCCUCCGUGCCACAAGCUCAUGCCAUGGCCAGGAAAACAGUUUCUCGGAAAAGUAGUUCCCUGUGACGGAUCCACAAUACAAAGUUGAGGUCUGCUUCUUCUUAGUAACCCGAAAAGACCAAGAUGAUGUUUUGGCUGCUGCUAGUUCUGUCCCUUUGGCUGGGUCCCAAUCAAGCCGACUCUGCUCAGUCCAAUGAACGGCGAGUUGUAGCACACAUGCCUGGUGACAUAAUCAUCGGAGCAUUGUUCUCUGUCCAUCACCAGCCUCCUGCUGAUAAGGUGCAUGAACGCAAGUGUGGUGCGGUGCGAGAGCAGUAUGGCAUCCAGAGGGUGGAGGCCAUGAUGCAUACACUGGACCGCAUUAAUGCUGACCCGCACAUCCUUCCCAACAUCAGCCUGGGCUGUGAGAUCAGGGACUCCUGCUGGCACUCGGCUGUGGCUCUGGAGCAGAGCAUCGAGUUCAUACGGGACUCGCUGGUCUCCUCUGAUGAGGCCGAGGAGUGGGGCGGCGGAACUUCUUGGGGAGGCGGAGGAGGGACCCUAAAGUGCUCAGACCCCUCUGCCACUCCAAUGCGGGGGAAGAAACCUAUUGUGGGUUUAAUUGGACCUGGGUCAAGCUCAGUGGCCAUCCAGGUCCAGAACCUGCUACAGCUAUUCAACAUACCACAGAUUGCCUACUCUGCCACCAGUAUGGACCUCAGCGAUAAGAGCCUUUACAAAUACUUUAUGCGGGUGGUGCCUUCAGAUGCCCAGCAGGCAAGAGCUAUGGUGGACAUUGUCAAGAGAUACAACUGGAGCUACGUGUCUGCAAUACACACAGAAGGGAACUAUGGUGAAAGUGGGAUGGGGGCGUUCAAGGACAUGGCAGCCAAGGAGGGCAUCUGUAUCGCCCACUCUGGGAAAAUCUGGAGCAAUGCCGGAGAGCAGAGCUUUGAUCGGCUGCUGGAGAGACUGAGGGCCCAUCUGCCUAAGGCUAGAGUAGUGGCAUGUUUCUGUGAAGGCAUGACUGUCCGAAAUAUCCUCAUGGCUAUGAGACGCCAGGGACUGGUUGGAGAGUUUCUUCUCAUCGGCAGUGAUGGAUGGGCGGACAGGUAUGAUGUGACAGAUGGCUAUGUUAAGGAAGCGGCCGGCGGGAUUACCAUCAAGCUCCAGUCGGCUGACGUGAAAUGGUUUGAUGAAUACUACCUUAAACUUCGUCCUGAAAACAAUCACAGAAACCCUUGGUUUCCAGAGUUCUGGCAGCAUCGUUUUCAGUGUCGACUAAAAGGUCACACCCAGGAAAACAGCAAGUACAACCGCACCUGCAGCAAGCGAGAGUCACUUCGGCAGCAAUAUGCACAGGAUACUAAGAUGGGAUUUGUCAUUAACGCCAUCUACUCAAUGGCAUAUGGCCUGCAUAACAUGCAACGGGCACUCUGCCCAGGUUACAAGGGCCUGUGUGAUGCCAUGCGACCCAUUGAUGGGGCUAGACUUCUGGACUUUUUGAUGAAAACCAACUUCACCGGUGUGUCAGGGGAAGGAAUCUUAUUUGAUGAAAAUGGAGACUCACCCGGCAGGUAUGAAAUAAUGAACUUCAAAAAGAUGGGGAAGGACUACUAUGACUACAUAAACGUCGGCAGUUGGGACAACAGAGGCUUAAAAAUAGAUGAUGAUGAAAUCUGGCCCAGCAAAGAGAGCGUGAUCAAGUCAGUCUGCAGUGACCCCUGUGACAAAGGGCAGAUUAAGGUGAUCCGUAAAGGUGAAGUGAGUUGCUGCUGGACGUGCACCCCCUGCAAAGAAAAUGAAUUUGUGUUUGAUGAGUACACCUGCCAAGCCUGUGAGCUGGGCUCCUGGCCUAAUAAUGACCUCACAGGCUGUGACCCAAUACCAGUGGAAUACCUUCGAUGGGGAGACCCUGAACCCAUUGCUGCUGUGGUAUUUGCCUGCCUCGGUCUAAUGGCUACAUUUUUUGUCACUGCAGUCUUUAUUAGAUUCCGGGACACUCCAGUCGUGAAAUCUUCGAGUAGGGAGUUAUGUUACAUAAUACUGGCAGGUAUCUGUUUGGGAUACCUGUGUACCUUUAGCCUCAUAGCCAAACCCCACGUCAUCCAUUGCUACCUCCAGCGACUGGGAAUAGGCCUGUCACCUGCCAUGAGCUACUCUGCACUUGUCACCAAGACAAACCGCAUUGCUCGGAUCCUGGCAGGAAGCAAGAAGAAGAUCUGCACAAAGAAACCUCGCUUCAUGUCUGCCUGUGCUCAGCUUAUCAUUGCCUUCCUCCUCAUACUGCUACAGCUGGGCAUCAUUGUGGCUCUCUUCCUCAUGGAGCCCCCGGAGGUCAUCCACGACUAUCCCAGCAUCCGCCAGGUCAACCUCAUUUGCAACACCACUAACCUCGGCGUGGUUGCCCCGCUGGGAUACAACGGCCUGCUUAUCCUCAGCUGCACCUUUUAUGCCUUCAAGACCCGCAACGUCCCAGCUAAUUUCAAUGAGGCUAAGUACAUUGCCUUUACAAUGUACACCACCUGUAUUAUCUGGCUGGCAUUUGUACCCAUCUACUUUGGCUCUAACUACAAAAUUAUCACCAUGUGCUUCAGUGUCAGCCUGAGUGCCACUGUGGCUCUGUGCUGCAUGUUUGUACCCAAGGUGUACAUCAUUCUGGCUAAACCAGAGCGUAAUGUGCGUAGUGCCUUCACCACUAGCACGGUGGUGCGCAUGCAUGUGGGCGAUGGCAAAUCAUCCUCAGCUGCCAGCCGCUCCUCCAGUCUGGUUAACCUGUGGAAACGGAGAGGCUCCACUGGAGAGACACUCAGCUCCAAUGGUAAAUCAGUGUCGUGGGCACAGACAGAGCGCAGCAGUUCACGUGGGAACCACCUGUGGCAGCGUCUGUCAUUCCACAUCAAGAAGAAAGAGAACAAUCAGACUGCUGUUAUUAAGCCUUUCUCCAAAACCCCUGAGGAACAGUACUGCAGUGGGGCUGACCUGCCACCACAUGUCCCUCUGCCCUCACUCCCGUCCAUGUCCUCUCUCCCCACUCAUUCUGACAAUGUCACCGACAAGACCCUGUAUGAGCUCUCAGAAGCAGAGGAGCGCUACUCGAUCACAUACCGGCCACAGACGCCUUCACCGAUCAGCACAGUCAGCCAGAGAAUAGGAGCGAGUUCGGGAGAGGAGCCUCAGAUGGGCAGUAUUCCAAAGUAUCCGAGCAGCAUCUGCAGCGCCGGCAGCGGCAGCAGUUGCGGUCCUCCCAGCAGCGGCUCUAUUGUUACAGGGAGUGACGGUAGAUUGGUUAUUGUGGACGAUCGCCCAGGGGAGCCCCAGAGUUCACUGAUGGAUCAGAUCAGCUGUGUGGUUAACCGCUUCACUGCCAACAUAACAGAGCUCAACAGUAUGAUGCUCUCGCCCUCCCCAUCACACUCACACAUGCAGAAACACACACCUCCAUCUCCUCAUCCCACCGACCCCUAUCUGUUACCCCGUGAACUCCAGAUGCCCCCGACCCUCACCACCUACGCUGAUGUCCAGCCGCUUCCUCCUGUUGAAUCAAGCUUUGGGGGCCGGGGUGGUUGUCCCAUUCACUCUAUGCCUCAUUCACCUUACCCCCUGCCACCCCCUCACCCCCAGGCCUCCCCGUCCCGCUCCCCCAUGCGAGGGGGUCGGCUCACCUGCCUCACCGACUCCCCUCUGAGGAGGGCAGAGUUGGAGGAGGAGCUAAUCGCUUUGACUCCUCCGUCACCCUUCCGUGACUCUCUGGCUUCCAGCAGUGGCUCACCUGUCUCUGAGACGGGUCUUUGUCUCCCUCCAGUCCCGUCCCACCCUCCCCCCUCGCCCCCUUCGCCCAGAUACACCAGACUGACACUCAGAAACUACAGCCAGAGUUCAUCCUCACUGUGAGGCAGAGAUGAAUCACAGAAAUGAAGAAAAGCACUCAAAAACAACACAGCUUGUAAACAGAAGAGAUAAUGGGUAGACAAAUCCAUUUGCCCGAGAAAUGUAGGACAGGUUGGUGAAGACACCAAACUGUGUUUGUGUUUACAUGUUUGCAGUGAGUUGCGAGUCUAAGAAACUUGCCCAUGUUGUAUUUUCUUGCCGUUUCUCACGAAUGUGGAUGGAAAACUGCAAAAUUGGCCACUGUAACUUUGAAGUGUUUUGGCACCAGUAAGGCCAGGGAUCAUUUGUGAGGGUCUGAGGCUACUCAUCAUUGAAGUUUGGGUAGUGGCCUUAAGGUAACUUGGCUAUCAACUAAUUAGAGACUGUGGAUGUGUGUGUGUGUGCGUCUGUGCGUGUGUGCGGGGUAAUGUGAGUGUAUUUUUACUGUAUCUUAGUUAAUCAGAUGUGAUGGCAACAUGACAGCAAACAGUAUUGAUGAGUAAAGACUCCUUCAGCCUAUAAGAAUUGUCAGAGGCUAUCAAGGGCACAUACAUUGGCUCGUAGGCACAUUUACACAGGUGCACAUUGACAAACACAACUGUGGGCACACUGAUACAAAUACAAUGUAAGGGAAACACUGUAAAUAUAUAUGAGGUUACAGAUUUUUCUUUGAUUAUUAAAUCCAACACGCUUCUGACAAAGUGCAUUGCAUCAACAGUGUUAACAUAUACAGGCACUAUGUUAAGAACCACCUUUUCAUUUAUUCAGCUUCCCAAUCUGCUCCAAGCUAUUUAUGUCCCUGGUCCCUUUCUGUCUCACGGCUUUCUUUUAUCCUGCGAUCAUUUCAGUACUUUCUACUCUUCCAAUUAGUUUUCUUCAGAAGUUUGAAUGUAUGUUUUCUACAUGACUCCUGAAGCUGUUGGGACCAAACCUUUUGUAGCUUUCUGUGUGUGACUUGAGAAAGAGGACGAGAGAGGGACUGAAAAGACCAGGCCUUGUUUUACCAUAAACAUCUUAGUCAUUAAAUGAGGUUCAGGUGGAUCAUUGGCAGAAAUCUGAUCUCAAAGCUGAAUGUUGAUGUGUGACAUUUAACACUGCAUUUUGUGAGGCUUAGCUGGAUCCCAGUCAUGACAUUUUCUCUAUACAAUAUGUCAGCAAGACACAGUCGCUCUGUUUCAUCACAGACAGUGCUCUGAAUGGAUUUAAUUGAAAUCACGGCAAUCUAUAAUGUCAGUGGGUGCAAAUUGAUAGAUUCAAGCUGGGGAGCGUCCUCCUAUGAGGUCCAUCUGUUGCUCAGGUGCUAUGAAUUUUUUUUAUUUUUUUUUAAACAAAGGUGGCAGAACAACCAAAGAUGUUCACAAAAAUUGAGCAUUAGGUAGAUUUUUUUAAAUGUUAGGUUUACUUAAUACACUGCUGCCACAUUACUGUUAGUCUCACAAGACCAUACUAGUUGACUGUUGAUGAUGACUGACAUCCAGUAUAGCCAAAUAAAAAUGUCAGUGAUGCAGAUCCAGGACAACACAGACUUGAAAAUUACCCAGACCUCAAGUAGUAUUGACUUAAAGGAAUACUUCCUUAUUGUGGAAAAUUGGCUGCGGUUACAAGAGCAGGCAAUCGAUACCACUCUCAUGCUUUAUCUGUCAGGUAAAUGUAGGAAGUCUCUGUUAGUUGCCUGGCAACCGUGUGGUGAUGACAAUACUUCAGGAAGUCAUGGUUAAAUUGAAGCAAGAUGCAAAUGAUCCCCUACAAAUAGCAAUGUGUUUUUGAGAUUUGACAUUUUAAUUAUUGAAUUAAGACUAAGACAAUAAGGCUAGUUGUUUCUUUACCGCCUGUAGCUUCAUGCGGUCAGUAUUCUCACUUCAGUAAGAAUUUAAGUCUAUUAAUUUAGUCUUUAAAGUCUGGCUUCGUGCCAUAUAUCCUAGACUGAGGAAAAUGUGAGUGAACUCAAAGUGUUUGGCAACAGUAGUUCAUAUAUUUGUAGGAGGUCAGAUUUGGCUUUUUAAGAUUUUGGGUAUGCCUUUAAAUAGAGUGUUCUUAUAUAUGUGCCAACGCCUGUACCUGGAGGAAAAAUGUGCCACUGAAUAUAUUUACUAAGAUGCUUUUGAGAAACAAGGCCUUGGCUUUGUUUCAGCUCCUUCAACCGAGAAAAUCAGUUUUCGCAAAGCAAAGCAAAAUACACAAAUACAAAAAAAAAAUAAAACCAGGAGGUUUUCAUACACAACAUGAGCAGUUUUUUUUAAAACAUUUUAUUUUUAUGUUGUGUGUAUACAGUGUGCACAUACCAUUAAAACGAUUACUAAUUGGACCGUUGAUAAACACAACACACCAAAAAUAAGUGCUGCAUUGUUGUCCAUCAUGAUAGUCCACAGUCUGGUUCCUCCUUUUUGAGUUUACUUACGAAUUUGUGCUCUACAGUAGCCAGCAAGAACAAACUCAGACAAAAUGACUCUGUAAAUACUAAGGGCAUGCAAUGACAGUUCUGUUUUGUUUCAGAUGAAAGUACGUUUAUUUACAUAUCAGCAAAUGUUAAAAAAGAAAAAGAAAAAAGAGAUCUUUUUGAGCUAUCUUAUAACAUACAGUACCAAUAUGUGUUACGACUACAGAAACUGUGUUACUACUCUGAAUGUGUGAGUGACCAUUCCUAUUCAAAUGUCUUGUAUACAUACAAUAUAAUAAUAUUAAUAUGACUAUUGUGCCAAAGGGGUUAGGAAGGGUCUAGCUUACUCAGUUGUGGGUAAAUACGUGGUUUCUUAAAAAAGAUGUAAAUGUAAAACUAUUUAUAUUGUUUUGGAUAUUUUCUAUAUAAAUACUCCACAUUUUCCAGUGUAAAAGCAAUAUUAUCCAUCUGUACACAAGGUGCACAUGUUAAAUCAAAUCAAAACACUGUUUUCUGGUUCUUUUUCAUCAUUCUUUACUCUGUGGAGGACAGUUGAACCAGGAGGAGGGUGGAGAGAUUAGUUGAAAUUUUCUUUGCAUUUUGUAAUCUAUAUUGAAUGAAAUUAGGACAUUUGUUGAUUUCAAAUAAUCAACAAAUGUGGGGUAAUUUCCUAUUUUUGCAAUGUUACUUACUCAGUUUAGAGUCCAGUUUGUUUAAGACAUGGCUGCAGAUUUAGAUCGGUAAGGACAUUAACUGUUGGUGCCAUCAUUUAUUGUACUUUUUUGCUGCUUUUUGUGUGGGGUAUGCAGGUUUAUUAAGCCAUAAACCUGAUGUCAUCUCUCCUUAGUGGUAUGCAUCCAAGUCAAAACAAGAAAAUAUUUUUUCUUUGGUUCCCAAAUGGAAAAAUACACACAUGCGCACAACAACAAUCUCAGAUUAUUGCUCAGAGGUUUUUGCAUAUGAGAAAGAAUAAAUCAUCUAAGAUCUUCUGAAUAUAACUUCAGACAAAAUUAGCCCCUCUUCUUCAUCUGAAACUGCUGCUGCUGCAUCACUACUGCUACAACUACUCAUUUAAUUUUAAUAAUCUGUGUCCUGACCUGUUGUUAAAAAUUAACCUGCCCUAUUGUUGAGCUUAAUAUUGGGAGGAGCCCGUUAAUAUGCUGUAUAAUGCGCCGAUAGAGUAACACGGAGCUUGCUUCAGCACUUCAACUGCGUGUUAUCCACCCCCCUUGAAAAAGGCAGAAGAGCUACCCCUGCAGAAAACACAGGAUCAGUGCUUGCAUCAGUUGCUAUCUUAUUCUCUUUAAGUUCUGUGACAUCACCUUAAAUCUACAGCCGUAGGUUUUAAGAGUAUGUUGUAAUUAUUACACAGUAAGAAAAGUUAGCAUCAUGGGAUUUCUUUUUCAUGUGAAAUUGGGAAACUCUAAUUCACAACAAAUGCAGAGCAAGCAACAGAAAACCAGACCUGAUCCUGCCUCCUGAAUCCCAAACAUGAUGGCUCAUAAUAAUCUAGCAUGAACUCAGUUAAUGAUUAUUCUCUUGAUAAUGGUGAUGACCAUGUUCAGCAAAAAUCUUGAUUUCCUGAUGAUGUCCCCCCAAAAUGUGUUGACUAAGUCUGAUAAAUGCACUUUAUAGAAUUGGACUGAUAAUCCCUGCGCUUAAAAAUAUCUUUUAAUCCAGAUGCGGUCAGCUGCUGAUCAAAAUGACACACAGUCAUUUUUCAUACCUUUUGGAUGAAAAUCCAGUCGACCUGUUAUCAGGACGAUUCCUGUUGCUUCUCAACCCAUAUAUGCUGAUUUAGAGCCAGAUAUAAAUAUAUAUAAUAAUCUCCUGUGAUGCUUAUUUUCCUCUGUUGAUCAUAAUGUGAGGAAAGCCUCGAUCUUAAACGUUUGCUACUCUACUGAAUUGCUACUGAACGGAAUAAGGCUAUCACUCUAUGAGGUCCAAGAGUGGUGCAUUUAAACUGACCCUCACCACUGACUCUUGCAGAGGGAGGCAUGAGAAAGAGCGUUAUUUCUCCAUUAGGGAUGAGUUUGACUGGGAGUGCUGUGUGGCGGAACAGCCUCUCUCACUGCCUUGCUAGAAAUUUUAUUUAAUUUGGUAACGGGGAAAAAAAUGAGUAAUGUUUACUAUGUAAACACCACACAGACUUUUGGUUGCGUACUCUGACAGGGUAUGUCCAGAGAGGUUUGCUUUGUCACUAUAGUACUUAUAUUGUAUCGUGAUGACCACCCGUCUGAGUGCAGUUUAGUGGAUGUUAUAAAUAAUUUAACUCUUAAAAGUGUUGGUGAAAUCUUUCGAGGCAGAGAGCAACAAAGCCCUCUUCUCUUUUUCUCACAAGCAGUUAUAUAGUUAUAAGUAGUUAUAUCUGCUCUUUAUUUUAGCUUUCUUAUUGGAAGUCAGAGAUAUAAAUUGAUACUGAUUAUUUCAAGAUAAUUCUCAGGCCUGCAGUAGUGUUGCAAAAAAGAAACAUUCCUCAAUAUGACUGAAUGAUCGACCAACUGAGUUGAAAGCUAGAUUGCAGGAUAAAAUAACGGCAUUUAGACUCUAAACUGUGCUGUACAAAACAUUACAAGAUAAAUAUCAGCAUCCUGAAUGUUGACUUUUUGGAAGCGUUUCAUGAAACUACUUUUGCUGCAACCGGCUUACUGAAAACCGAGGCGCUGAAGGUGGUAAAUUAGAUGUCUUAAAAAUCAGUGACUGUAUUUUUGUAUGUUUGUCUGAAGCUGCUGGUCUCAUGUUGCUUUUGUUUGUUUGUCUUUUUUUUUUUUUUUUUUUACUGGAGGCUGUGCAUUUUGAUAUUUUGGUAUUUAGGUAGUCAGUGUGGGUAAUGUUGUUCAGAGUAUAGAGGAAUAAUUCAUACUAAGAGGUUAUGUUGUAAUAUUAUACUGAUAAGAAAUGAAAGAGAAGUUUGAGUAUUUAUUUAUGUGGCUUAAAGAUUUGUAAGGAAGUGAAAUACAUUUUUAACCAGGUCAGUGUUGUUUUUAGAGCAUUAACGUUUUACAUACAGAGCAGGAGGCUGCGGAAUUUAUGAAAUAUACUUCUUUACACCCAGAGAAUUAAAUCAAGCUGAACAGUUCUGAACAGCACACCAUGUGACGGUGACUUCCUGUAAUUAUUGUGGUUUUUUUAUAUUCCUCAUUUGUGUCAAUCUAAGCUUGGAUCACCGCAGUGGACAUGAAAACACAAGUAAAAUCCUUGUUAAUACCCCUGCUUCAAAUUCUGAUGAGGUUCUAUUUGCAGUAGAGUGUGUGACACUAGAGCGUUCGUGACAUAAAUAGGAUGAAUGUUGCCUACAGAAGUGACGUUUACAUUUUUACUGCUCACUUGAGAUAGUUGAGGCGUUGGUGUCUGAUUGCUGACUGAUCUGUUGUAGUGACUUUUUACAAGCUUGUAAUCCAAUAUAAACAUUUUGUGUUUUUCUGGAACACUGAGUCUGAUAUUCUGAGCAAGAAAAAUACAUUUCAUUUAUUGACAAAGGAAGCUCAUCUGCAUAUAAAUGAAGGGCCUGUGCGCUCCAGUCUCUUUACAUCCCAGAUUUAUCAAAAUCGUUAUUCAGCCAAGCUCAUCGGAGCAGUCUACUUUAAGCUUCAUUUUGAUAAAGAAAGAUGAUGGGUUAUUAUAAAUCUAAUUAAACAGAAGGAGCCGAUUUAUCUGUACUGAGUAUAUAGAACCAAAUAUAUUUUUUCUAUAUAUACUGAGAGGUUUUUAGGUACUCAAGACGAAAAAAUAGCUACUAAAAUUAAGAUUUAUGAUGGAUGUAAAUGAGUUUUCUUAUUUAUUAACAAUGUAAGAAGGAAAAGUUCAGCUUCAGGUGCAAUGUAACCCCAGGUUCCUCACAGCACUAUUCAUUCGAGCUUCUCCACUCAGUGCCAACUUUUUUUCAUUGUAUUUUUUUGAAUGGGUGGACAAACACUGCAAAAAAAUCUGACUAAACCACAGUUACAUCUGUCAUUGGAAAAAAACAGCAAGAAAAGUUUUCAUAAGCUGUGUACCUGUGCCAAUAUCUUGAUAUGAUAACAGUGGAUCAAACUGAUCAUUUCCUAAUGGAAAAUGGUAGUGUUUAUCCUCCCAUGUGGAUUCGAUUGUUAGUGGAAAACUUUUAAGUGUGGCUUUAUUUUUGCUGUUUUGUUUUCAUUUAACUCGUGAUGUUAAGAACUCUAGAAUGUAAUUCAAUGCUAUGUAUGUAAUGAAAGAUGAUUUUAUAUUUGGAUGGUUGACUAUCAUUAUUAUUAUUUUUCAUUCAGUUGUGUAAAGUGUCAAAUAUAAGAAUAUGUGGUUCAGGCUGUUUGGAAAAUACAGUUUGUUUCUCAGUGGCUUUGUUGUGGGUUAGCGAGAAGUGAUGUGAGGAGUUUGUUCGUGUCUGCUUACGGCAGAUUUUAUUACUCAAUUAGUUUUAGCCCAGCCUCAGACGCAACAAACACAAAGGUUUGUGGGACUGGAUUCCACACUUGUUUGUUGCUGACACUGGAGCUUUGUUCAUAGGCUUUUUAGAGGAUCCCAGAAGACCUGGAAUAGAUUUAGCCAAAGCGGAGUUUUUCUCAUCUCCCAAUUAAUUCAUCUUUAUGUCUUCUUCCAAUCGGGCUCACGAUUACUCUCAUGAAGGCCUUUCUCUGGGCUGAUCUUUCACCACUGGGGAAUAGAAAAAAAAGAACAAGGAGAGUGGGAGUGUUAAUCAGUUGUUUCUUGUAUUAUUUUUUUUUAAUAGAACAAAAGAUUUUUCGUUAAAGGGUAUAGCAAAAAAAAAAAAAACAAUAAGGGAGGUCUUUUUUUUUUUUUUUUUUUUUUUGUAAGAAUAGCCAGGGGGAGAGAGGCUUCAAAUUGACAUCCAGUGUGGAUGAAUUUUGUUGUUUUUGAGCAAUAAAAAGCACAGUUAACAUUGUAUGAUCGAAUCAUUAGCCAGUAAGUUCAAUUUCAAAACCGCUUAAAUUUGGCACAAAUCUGGACACACCUCCUCAGAAAUAUGUUCACAUUAUAGGUGAUCUGUGUUUUAAGAGCGCAUGCAUCAUUGUCCUGUGCCUCCAAUUUUUCACUGCCGUUUUGCUCUGCUUACUUUUUUUUUCUCCUUGGUGCCAUAAGUGGGAAAAGCUGAUGAACAAAGAUGAGUUGACAGGCAGGAAGUGCAGAUGCAUUAAAGGGAUCACCGAAGAAUCACAAGCACUGAAGCCUGUGCUUCCGGGAAGCGACGUGAGCUCUAGCAGUUAGGUCAACACAAGGCAGCUGUAAACUUGCAGCACAUCCACAUACCAGAAAAAUAUCUCUUUACUUUUGUAACUGCGUCGGGUGAUGAUGGAACGUACAAAUUCAUGUUUUUGUUGUGCAUAUCUCCUCUCGGCAGAAACACUGUGCUACCACAGUACUUUGGCAUUAACUGGUCGAUUUUUAAAAGUCACCAGUUUGACUCACUGUAGUCAAACGCCCACCAGCUGGGCACCAAGAGACAGCCUGAGUAGCCAAUUCAACAUGGAAGAAAUGCACAGAGCAGUCUUUAACUUGCACAUAUGAGUCACAUAUGGUUUGUUUGGUUUUUUCACUGGGCUAUAACACAUGUAUUUUGGUACCUUUCAGAAAAUGUGACCACCAUGCAGCAGUGCUGUGGAGUCCAAGAGGAGAAGGGUUGUGUGGUUCGUGUGGGGGGGAAAAAAAUGACAAAAAAAAAUGUCUUUCUUUUUAUGCCAUUGAUAAUCAUUGUGUAAGUGUACUACAAAGUACCUUUGAAUCAAUAUUGAAAUUGUUAUU